AUGGCAAAAAUGUACAUGAAAUCCAAGAAUAUGGUGGAAGUGGUCAACACGCAAUCUUGGACGGACAAGGGCCUGAGCGCUCAGAAUGAAAUGAUGGAGCAGGAGAGAAGACCAGGAUCGUAUGGAAUGCUUGGAACCUUGAUUGAAGAGCAUGACAGUAUUGAAGAGGAGGAAGAAGAGGACGAAGACGCAGAGAAACCUAAAAGAAGAGGUCCCAAGAAAAAGAAGAUGACAAAAGCCCGCCUGGAGAGGUUCAGGGCUCGAAGAGUCAAAGCCAACGCUAGGGAACGGACCCGCAUGCACGGCCUGAAUGACGCUUUGGAUAACCUUAGGAGAGUCAUGCCUUGCUACUCUAAAACCCAAAAACUGUCCAAGAUAGAGACUCUUCGACUGGCAAGGAACUACAUUUGGGCCUUGUCUGAAGUCCUGGAGACUGGUCAGACACUUGAGGGGAAGGGCUUUGUGGAGAUGCUCUGUAAAGGGCUCUCUCAACCCACAAGCAACCUGGUGGCUGGCUGUCUCCAACUGGGUCCUCAGCCUGCCGUUCUGGAGAAGCACGAGGGAAAACCUCCAGUUUGUGACUCUACCGUCCCUGUCCACAGCUUCAGCUAUCAGUCUCCAGGGCUCCCCAGCCCUCCUUAUGGCCAAAUGGAAACACACCUCCUCCAUCUCAAGCCUCAACCAUUUAAGAGUUUGGGAGAAUCUACCUUUGGGAGCCACCCACGUGACUGUAGUACCCCGCCUUACGAGGGUCCACUGACUCCACCUCUGAGCAUCAGUGGCAACUUCUCCUUGAAGCAAGAUGGCUCCCCUGACUUGGAAAAAUCCUACAGCUUCUUGCCGCAUUAUACCUCUGCGAGUCUAAGUUCGGGGCAUGUGCAUUCAACUCCCUUUCAGGCCGGAACUCCUCACUGUGAUGUUCCUAUAGAUAUGACCUAUGAUUCCUACCCCCAUCAUGGCAUUGGAACUCAGCUCAAUACUAUCUUCUCUGAUUAGGGCAGUAAGAUAAGCACCAACACUUCAGAGAAUGAAGUGGAGAUGUUCUCCAUGUUUCU